GCUGCGGUUCCGGUUCCGGUUUCAACUUCUGGGCCCAGCGGUACGCAGCCAUGGCGUACUCCACGGUGCAGAGAGUGGCGCUGGCCUCGGGUCUCGUCCUAGCCGUAUCGCUGCUGCUGCCCAAGGCUUUCUUGUCCCGCGGGAAGCGCCCGGAGCCGCCGGCGGAUCCCGAAGGAAAACUGGGCCGAUUUCCACCUAUGAUGCAUCACCACUCAGUGCCCUCAGACGGGCAGAUGCCUGGAGCUCGUUUCCAGAGGUCCCACCUUGCAGAGGCCUUCGCAAAGGCCAAGGGAGCAGGCGGAGGUGCUGGAGGAGGGGGCGGUGGAAGAGGACUGAUGGGCCAGAUCAUUCCAAUCUACGGCUUUGGAAUUUUUUUGUACAUACUGUACAUUCUGUUUAAGCUUUCGAAGGGGAAAACUGCGGAAGACCGGAACUGCUCCACUGCCCCACCUGGGAACGCCCAUAGGAAGAUCACCAAUUAUGAGCUUGUUCAACUGCAAGAAAAACUAAAAGAGACAGAAGAAGCCAUGGAAAAAUUAAUCAAUAGAGUGGGACCUAAUGGUGAGAGCAGAGCACAGACUGUGACAUCUGACCAAGAGAAACGAUUACUGCAUCAGCUCCGAGAAAUCACGAGGGCCAUGAAAGAAGGCAAGUUCAUCGACACAUCUACUCCAGAGAAGGAAGCUGAGGAAGCCCCUUACAUGGAGGACUGGGAAGGUUACCCUGAAGAGACUUAUCCAGUGUAUGACCUUUCCGAUAGUAUCAAGCGUAGGCAAGAAACAAUCCUGGUGGAUUACCCUGAUCCAAAAGAGCCCUCUGCUGAAGAAAUAGCUGAACGAAUAGGGGUGAUGGAAGAGGAAGGGUCAGAGCAUUUGAGCUGGAAUCAUUUGCCCACUGACCCUGGAGCCCAGGAAGAUAAUUCUGUUACCCUGUGUGAUCCUAAACCAGAAUCAUGCUCCUGCUGUUUUCAUGAAGAAGAGGAUCCUGCUGUCUUGGCAGAGAAUGCUGGUUUCAGUGCAGAUGGCUACAGUGAGCAAGAGGAAGCCACCAAGGAAGACUGGUCCCAAGACUUCACAACUGAGGGGUUGGGAAUCAGCACUGAUAACACACACAUGGGUGGCAUGUUGAGGAAGCGCAACCUCCAGAGUUUAGAGUGAAAGCAGCCUGUUUGAUGAUGUAUCCAUUACUCUACUCCCAAGGUAUCUUUCCUUAAUUUCAUCCAUGGCCCUGUGCCAUCUGUAUUCAAUAGCAUUGUUUUGGGCCACUACCAUGGAUAUUAUUUAUCCUUCCUGGUGCUUGCUCACCUGUCACCUUGUAAAGUAGACAUUAGCGUGAACACAGGACAGCAUCAUCUCUUCUUGCCUUUCUGCAUCAGAGACACUAACUCAUUAGGUAAUUAUACUUGUUUGAUUGUGCCUGGAGGUGGUAUCACCUGUGCAAAGAUCUGAUCCCUUCACAUAGGGGUAACAGAAGCUUUACCUAUGAAUGAGCAUUGAUUAGCAGAUGUUGGGGACUUAAGGUUUUGAAAAUGAAGAUUAUAGACUCCCAAAUGCCUUAUUCUUUUGAACUUGUUAGUAGUCCCCCAAGAAGAGCAUGCUCAAUUGUGAGGAUGAGGGGCCCAGAGCACACAGCAAGACAGCUGACUGAGCUGUAGCCUCCCCUCAGAACCUUCUAGGUUAAGAUAUCCCGGCUCCUCUGGAGUACACACGACUAUUUGGAGACCAUUUUGCACCUUGAUCUCUAGCUUCCCAUGUCCUUACUCUGUUGAACAGAAUUGCCAAUCCAGAAGUACCUUUAUAUGUCCGGUCUGCGGCUAGGGGAAAUUUGAGGCUUAAGUCUGAAUCCUACAAAGCUGAAGUUUGAGGCUGUUGAAGCUCCAGGAUGGCCUAAGUAUAGUGGUCCUUCCAUGAGGGGUUCAGGGGGCCAAGGCUCCAUGUCUUUGUGAGGCAGGAUGAAACCUGUGAAUCCUGACAAAGGCGAGUCAAUUCAGUUCCAUGCAAGACCUGCAAGUUGAAAGAAGGUGUGUCUGCAAGGACAUGCCCAGCCAUGAAAUAGGAAGCCCAAAAGUUAAGGAAUUCUGUGAAGUUGGAUACAGUCUUUAGAGCUCUACUGUGCCUGGUCUGAAUAUGAUGCCAGAAAACAGUGUGGACCACUCAGGAACACACUGGCUGCCAUCAGAAGGUAUGGGGCCACACCAAGAUAAUCACUACUACAAAGCUUUACGUGUUUGGUGAACUAGAAAAGGCCCUGGAUAUUGAGUCUGGAAAUGGACUGCACUGCACUGAUUCCUGUAUAGAACACUGAUUGAAAUGGUGAAGAAUGCAGUUAGCGUGGACUAAAGAGUCUUGGUGUAACGAAGUGUAAAAAGCAAUGUAGGUACUCUUGUUUUGCAAACUGUUUUCUGUGUGGGUCCCCAUCCACUGUGUGAAGUUGAUUUAGGAUAGCCCCGUGUUCUCACUUUUGUCCAUAGGAUACGAUCUCCUUAUCACAACUUGUUUCUCUCAUUCACUCAUCUGACAGUUGCCUCAUGCCGAGUACAAAAAGGUUGAGUUUGUAUCUUAAAGAGUUCCAGUUUACUAUGGGAGUUUGACAGAUGCACCGAAGACUAUAGGAAGGCUCAAGAUUGUGGAUUCUUUGGGCACAGAAAACUGGGUCCUGAUGCUUCCCUGCGACUCUGCCUGUAGAGUUCUGGAUUGGCUCCUCAGGCAAUCUGAGCCUGGUGUGGGCAUCUGUAAAGUGAGGGUUGUAAAACGCAGGUCUCUCAGGGUCUUAAGCUGUAAAUGAGCUAGUCGGUGUGCCCAGGGCAGCCUAACAGGCUCAGGCAUGAUAGAAUAUCACGUGGCAGCUAUUUUAUUACAGUGUGGGCCCAAAACUACAGGACCAUGCAAGAACAGGAAUGCUUUUCCCAAAGUAGCAAUAAAUUUCCAAAGAGACUUUAUGUCACACUAAGAACAUGGGCAAGGAAGAGAAAGGACAUUUUGGCAGAAAGAGUGGGUUAGCAAGAACAGUGGGGUGUGUAAAUGGGUAUUCAGCUAAAAAGUGUUACAGAGUCAACUCUGUUAUUAUUGGGGUGAGCUAUGGAAACAGUUUCUGCCAAAAGGACCAAUUAAGGUUCUUGCCACUGUAGAUAUUAGUUUGCAUAUAGGAAUAUAUUUGUCUGUAUAUACCAGAAACUUCAGUGUACCUUUCAGUAAUUUAGAAUGUAGGGUUUUUUUUUUUUUUUAAUUUUCCAGAAUUGUAUCCUUUGGAUAUGAUGGUUUUACAUGUAUAUCCAACCUAGGGGGACCAGCAUCAAGGGAUUGAUUUUUAUUGUGUUAUUCAUGUCUCGGUAUUAAAGGCUGCAGACUUCAUCAAGGCCUUGCUAUUAGGUUUGUAGUGACCCCUGGGGCACUAUAGCAGCAGCUGGCCUAAAAAGCCACUGCAUCACCUAGGGCCAUGCUUGGUAAAUAAAGUGGAUGAUCAGCCAGAUCUCUUCACAGUGUCAUGGUAGGAAACAGGACAGUGCCUCAUGUAGUGCUCAGGGACUAGGUCCAGAGGUGUGCUGAGUGGAGAUGGAUGUAACCUCUAAAGUUCUUUGUACCUUAGACUUAGGUGAUAAAAUCAUUCAUGGUCUACACUCAGACACUUUGAAAAAAGUAACUUAUAUACACAUGGCAUAAUAUUUUCUUAUCUCUGUGACCAAAUACUCAGCGAAGGCAACUUAAUGCAGGAAGGGCGUAUAGUGUGUGAACAGUCCUUUCUGGCAGAGGGGCCGUGAGGACUGGUUCAGUCAGGGAGCAGAGAGAGAUGGACACCAGCACUCGGUUUGUUUCCCCUUUUAUUCAGUCUGGGACCCCAGCCAAUGGGAUGCUGCUGCCCACAAUGAAGAUGGGUCUUCCUCCCGACUGAACCGUCUUGUAAACUGUCAUAGACAGGUGUGUUUCCGUGGUAUUCUAAAUCCCAUCAAAUUAGCAAUUGAGAUUAACCAUCGUGGCAACAGGUUUAAGGCAAGAUCUUCCUGGACAUGUGUUCUACAACUUUAGGAUUUUUUAUCAACCUGAUAAGUGAACAAGACCCUUUCUCCUUUUAGAACAUCUUGUAUUUGGUCUUCCUCACAAAGGCAGAAGCUAAAGUGCUAAAGGAGCCAGAUCAUGGUUCAGGCAGGGACUGCUUUUAAUCUACAUGAGUGAAUAAGUGAACCCUAAUCGAUCUGCUCUCCACUUUCCCUUUAUCUAGACAGUUUGUAUCCACAAAGAAUAUUUUGUGUGCUACCUGUUGAGCAGUGAUCAGGAAGACCAUGAACCAACUAUCCUGCAGCCUUAACCGUCAGCAUGUCUAAAACAUACCUUCUAGUAGCAAGGUAACAGGCCAUUCCUUCACUUCAUAGGGCACCAGUUCCCUUGUGGAUGAACUGGGCAGCAUGUCUGCCUCCUAGGACUGUUUGUGGAGUGUCUAUCCCACAGUGAGAUGUGCAGUGGGUGCUUAGCACCAUCACUGCCUUGAAUCUCUUGCUGCUCGGCUGCCCCACUUGACACUCUCUCUGAGGCCACUCUGGAUGCCAGAAUUGGUGCAGGUCACUCUAUUGGGGGGGGGGGGGGUUGGCUUUAGGAUGACUUCCUUCAAGAGUAGAUAUUAGCUUUGAUGCCUGAUGCUUGUUUUCCUGUUUAAAUGGUUCCAGCUCUGACCAUGGCCUAGAGUGACGUGGCUGGGCCUUUCCCACCCUUGACUCCUAUAUCCCAGUUCUGUCCACAAGGACCAUGCCCACCAGGUACACUUAGGAACUGUUGGCCAGUUCCUUUAGGGUGACCCAGAUGACACUGAAGUAUCAUUUUUUGCACACUGUGGAUGUGAUACCAGGGAGAAGACAGUGUUGAUCUGGAUGUCACUGGUUUUAAACACACACUGCAUCUUUUUGUUGCUAUCACCCACCUGACCCUUUGAAGCUCCUAGGAAUGAAAGGAAUGGAGAACAUUUUUAAAAGAGACAAAUUUUCUCCCUCUGUGAAAAACAAGGACACAGCAAUCAAACAGUUCAAGUUU